AUUACAGGCGUACGCAGUAGGAAAGUUGGAAAAAGAAAGAGUGGAAGAAACGCGCCUAAGUUCCAAACCAACUUCCCAACACCUUCCAAUUCGCCAUUAUCGAGGUCAAAAGUGAUGUUUCUGGUCUCAAGCUGGCCAAUUAUAAAAUAUUUUAGGCAGAAGCAGCCACCGGAGGCCAUGGAGUCAAAACGAAGCAGCUGAAUCAGGCCAUCUCAAAUCUCUGUUCUGUUUCUGUUCGUACCAUUUUUCGCAUGUUUCUUUGUUUUCUGGUAAUAGUAGAACAAGUGAAGCCUUGAUUCCAUAGUUAUAUCAGAUCAAGGACUCGGAGGAGACUGGAUUUUGAUUCUCAGCUCUACCGUACCGCUGACUGUUUUUCAUCUACGCGGUUUUGUGCGUGUCCCGUUCUCCACGCCCCUUGUCUUGCCUUGAUUUCUGCGCUGAACUUGAAGCUGAAGCAAGAUCUGGAGUUUUUUCUUUUUCUUUAAUAGCUCUAGAUCUUGAAGGCGGAAGGUAAUACAGCUCGGAUGGAAAAUUAUUUGAACGAACACUUUGGGGACGUGAAGCCGAAAAACUCGUCGGAAGAAGCGCUUCAGAGAUGGAGGCGGCUUUGCUGGCUGGUUAAGAAUCGGAAACGGAGGUUUCGAUUUACUGCUAAUCUCUCUAAAAGAUUUGAGGCCGACGCUAUUAGACGCUCCAAUCAGGAGAAGUUCAGAGUUGCAGUUUUAGUUUCACAAGCUGCACUUCAGUUCAUCAAUGGUUUGGAUUUGUCUCCUGAUUACCUUGUGCCUGAAGAGGUUAGGCAAGCAGGUUUUGAAAUUUGUGGAGAUGAAGCGGGCUCCAUUGUGGACGGCCGUGACGUGAAGAAGCUGAAGAUUCACGGGGGUGCCGAGGGUAUUGCGACUAAGCUUGCCACAUCAACCGCGACUGGUAUUCCUACUACAGAGCAUUUGAUCAAGAAAAGGCAAGACAUUUAUGGAAUUAACAAAUUCACCGAAAGCCCAUCUCGAGGAUUUUGGCUUUUUGUUUGGGAAGCUCUCCAGGAUACGACUCUAAUGAUACUCGCCGUCUGUGCUGUUGUUUCCCUUCUUGUUGGCAUAGUGAUGGAAGGAUGGCCGAAGGGUGCUCAUGAUGGGCUCGGCAUCGUUGCUAGCAUCUUGCUUGUUGUAUUUGUCACUGCCACCAGUGACUAUAGGCAAUCGAUUCAGUUCAAGGAUUUGGAUAAAGAAAAGAAGAAAAUUUCGGUUCAGGUUACCAGAAAUGGGCUGAGACAAAAGAUUUCCAUAUACGAACUUCUUCCGGGUGAUAUUGUUCAUCUUGCCAUGGGUGAUCAGGUACCAGCAGAUGGACUUUUUGUUUCGGGGUACUCUCUUCUGAUAAAUGAAUCCAGUUUAACAGGUGAGAGCGAACCAGUUAAUGUAAAUUCUCAAAACCCUUUCCUGCUGUCAGGAACAAAGGUUCAGGAUGGUUCGUGUAAGAUGGUUGUGACUUCUGUUGGCAUGAGAACCCAAUGGGGCAAACUAAUGGCCACUCUUAGUGAAGGAGGAGAUGAUGAGACUCCUUUGCAGGUGAAGCUAAAUGGGGUGGCAACAAUUAUUGGGAAAAUUGGCCUGUUUUUUGCUGUCAUAACUUUCACUGUAUUGGUGCAAGGAUUGUUCAGUCGCAAGCUACAAGAAGGGUCUUACUUUAGCUGGUCCGGAGAUGAAGCAAUGGAGGUUUUGGAAUUCUUUGCUGUUGCGGUCACGAUUGUUGUGGUUGCUGUGCCUGAAGGGCUGCCUUUGGCGGUGACACUGAGCCUUGCUUUUGCGAUGAAGAAGAUGAUGAACGAUAAGGCACUCGUCCGGCACUUGGCUGCUUGUGAGACAAUGGGAUCAGCUACUACUAUCUGUAGCGACAAAACUGGGACAUUAACGACUAACCACAUGACCGUUGUGAAAGCCUGCAUCUGCACUAACGUCAAGGAAGUUAGUGAUUCUAGCAAGUGUUCUUCUUAUCGUUCAGAAAUUCCCGAUUCCGCUGUUGGUAUUCUACUGCAAUCAAUAUUCAAUAACACAGGUGGAGAAAUCGUCAAGAACAAAGAUGGCGAGAAUGAGAUAAUUGGGACGCCAACCGAGUCUGCUCUUUUGGAAUUCGGCCUUCUGCUUGGUGGGGAUUUCCAGGAAGAACGCCAAAAGUCAAAAAUCGCAAGAGUUGAGCCCUUUAAUUCUGUGAAGAAACGAAUGGGGAUUGUUUUGGAGCUCCCAGCCGGUGGCUUCCGCGCCCACUGCAAAGGUGCUUCAGAGAUCGUUUUAGCUUCAUGCGACAAAGUUCUUGACUCGAACGGUGAGGCAGUUCCUCUCAACGAAGCGUCCGUCAACUUUUUGAAGGAAACAAUCGAAGAAUUUGCGAGCGAAGCUCUUCGAACUUUGUGCCUCGCUUACAUGGACAUCGAAGGCGAGUAUAACCCUGAAAGUCCGAUUGCCGCAAGUGGCUACACGUGCAUAGGAAUUGUUGGUAUCAAGGAUCCCGUUCGUCCGGGUGUCAAGGAGUCCGUUGCAAUUUGCAAGGCCGCCGGUAUAACCGUACGGAUGGUUACGGGAGAUAACAUCACCACUGCCAAAGCAAUUGCUAGGGAAUGUGGAAUUUUGACUGAUGAUGGUAUAGCAAUCGAAGGUCCUGAAUUCCGGGAGAAGAAGGAAGAAGAAUUGAGUGAAAUAGUACCAAAAAUUCAGGUCAUGGCUCGAUCUUCACCAAUGGAUAAACAUACUCUUGUUAAGCACUUACGCACCACUUUUCAAGAAGUUGUUGCAGUGACGGGGGAUGGAACAAACGAUGCUCCGGCGCUUCAUGAAGCAGAUAUUGGAUUAGCUAUGGGCAUCGCUGGAACUGAGGUUGCCAAAGAGAGUGCUGAUGUAAUAAUUCUAGACGACAACUUCUCUACAAUUGCUACUGUUGCUAAAUGGGGACGUUCAGUCUACAUAAAUAUCCAAAAGUUUGUUCAGUUUCAGCUAACAGUGAAUGUGGUUGCACUUCUCGUCAACUUCUCUUCAGCCUGUUUGACAGGAAAUGCUCCCCUCACUGCUGUGCAACUGCUAUGGGUCAACAUGAUAAUGGACACACUAGGGGCGCUUGCAUUGGCAACCGAACCUCCUACUGAUGACUUGAUGAAGAGAUUGCCAGUUGGUCGGAAAGGGAAUUUCAUUAGCAAUGUGAUGUGGAGAAAUAUCUUGGGGCAGUCUAUAUAUCAGUUUAUAAUAGUUUGGUAUCUCCAGACAAGAGGACAGGCUCUUUUUUAUCUUGAUGGCCCAGACUCUGGAUUAAUACUGAAUACACUGAUUUUCAAUGCAUUCGUCUUUUGUCAGGUUUUCAAUGAGAUAAGCUCUAGAGAUAUGGAGAAGAUAAAUGUGUUUGAAGGAAUACUGAAGAAUUACGUCUUCGUGGCAGUGCUCACUUGCACUGUACUUUUCCAAAUCAUAAUCAUCCAAUUCCUCGGAACAUUUGCAAACACGUAUCCUCUAAAUUCCCAGCAAUGGUUUGUCACUGUGCUAUUCGGAUUUCUUGGUAUGCCAAUUGCAGCAGCUUUGAAGAUGAUUCCAGUACCAUCAGACUGAAAACGGUAUCUUCUUAACCCAGCAAAAUUCCAGCCGAAAACUCAAGUUUUUUUCCCCAAUUUUUUGAGGUCAUUUCCUCACGAAGUAGGAUUUACAUUGAUCUGAAUUUGAACUAGACUUAUCGUAAAUCAAAUUAGACAAGUUACCAAGAACUUGAGGUGAUGAUAGCCAUGUGCAGCAGAAGAUGAAGUUCUUUCCUGUAUAUUAACCUCUCAAAAGUUGCUUACCAACUUCUUUUUUUCUUUUUAAAAGAAAGAUUUAUAGGACAUCAGUCUUGGAUCAUGGAAGGUCCUUUUUAUUCAGUUAUAUACGCUUGUAUUUAUCACUCCACAUUUCUUUUGAUUUAUUGCUUAGUUGCUAUUUUGUGAUGAACAUCAUUACUCAGAUUAUCCAAUCCACAACUUGUAGUAGUUUUCCAGGGACA